AUGUUGUGGGUCCACAAAAACCAUCCUUUAACCCUAGCUUUGAAUCUCAGGGUUUUUGGGGAUUUAGGGCUGUUCAAAGAUCUGCUGGGAAUUCUCCAUAAGGAAGAGUUCUAUUGGGAAAAAGAGAGGAGAAAUAAAGUUGAAGAGGUAGUUGCAGCAUGGAGAAGAGCAGCUGACAUUUCAAAGGCUAAAAUUGCAGUUGAGAGGUACCAAAAUGACCAAAGGUAUCAAAACUUGCAUAAUCAAGUAGCGGAUUUGUUUUCAGAGUUCUUGAAAUCAGAUGUCAAAUUUUUGGAAUCAGGUGAGAUUGAAAACAUCAGUUUUGCUGCCAAAUUUUGCCCUUCAAUUGAUUCCAAAUAUGAUAAAGCAACCCUGAUAUGUGAAGUCAUUGCAAAGAGAAUUUUCCCACGCGUAGAUUAUGAAGAAUACAAAGAUAUUUCGGAACCUCAUUAUGCUUACAGGGUUCGUAAUCGAUUGCAGAAACAAGUGCUUGUUCCUCUGCACAAAGUGCUACAGUCAUCAUCAGUGAACAAUGCUGUUGAGAGAAAGAAGUCAUGGUCCCAAAACCUUAAUGCCCUGAAUUGUUUGGAAACUUAUUGGGAAAUCUACAAUUAUAGGUGCUCCAUCAUUGAUAGGGAUUUAAGCCAAAGCAGAUUAGAACUAUUUAAGCUUUACAUGAAGAUUAUGGACAGGUUGGGCAUAAAAAUUGAUGACAGGCUAAAACUUCCUCACCAAGUAAUAGCUUUUUUGAACAAUACACAGGGUAGUGAUGAAAUUGCAGAGCUUCAGUGGCAGAAACUAGUCCAAGGGCUGUCAAACAAAGGGAAGCUCAGGAUUUGUCUUGCUGUGUGUGACAGCUCGUUGAGCAUGAUAGGAACAGACAAGGAAAUGGCGUGCAUUGCAAUGGGAUUAUUGAUUUCAGAACUGAGUGAGAGUCCAUGGAAUGGAGUGGUUUUCUCAUUCACUGAUUUUCCCAAAAUUCACAAGAUUGUAGGAGAAAGUCUUCGAUCGAAGUGCGAGUUCAUGAGGCAGAUGGAGUGUGAUGAGAAAGUGGACUGCUUAGAGAUUUACAACCGAGUGUUGGAGAUUGCCACCACACAAAAGCUAAACCACAUAAAGAUGCCAAAGAGGGUUUUUGUGUUCACCUACAAGGAUUUUGUUGAGGCCUUCAAGUAUGAUUGGCCGGAUGAUUACACAGAAGCAUAUAACAAUUUCAGAAAAAGAGGGUUUGAGUUUAAUGUGCCAGAGCUAGAGUUUUGGAAUUUGAAGGAUUCCAUUGCCAAGCCAGAGGUGAUUUAUAGCCCAGUGAAGGAGAACCAGAAAGUGGGGAUCAUAAUAACAGGGUUCUCUAGCAAUCUACUCACGUUGUUCUUGAAAGGGGAGGCAGAUUCAAGAUCAUAUGCAGCUCAAUUCCAGGCACCUUACGGUAUUGAUUUACAGUCAGUACCAAAACUGCUUCCUAGAGUAGAGGAUGUGUUUGAUAGUGCAAUUUCAAGAGAAGAAUUAGAGAGCCUGGUCUUCUCAGUUCAAGCUGCUGCAAUGGAGAUUCUCUCGGCAGUUGCCAUGACUAAAGAAAUUCAGCCUUGCUUAUCUUUAGUAAUUCACCGUUUGAUGUUGGGAACAAUAAAUACUUGA